GUCAAUAAUAUAAAUGUCAAAACAUUUAAAAGCCGGCUAAAACUAAAAAACAAAUAUAUUUUUUUAAAUUUAUUUACACGUUAUGUAAGGUGACAAUUUCAUUAUAAAGUCUUUUAUCUCUUGAUAUGAUUAGUUAUCUGCAUUGUUAUAUCAGCGGUUUACACAGGGUUUUAACAUCGUUCAGAGAAGAAGAUAUUAGUUCAUCAGUGCAUAAAAUUUACAUUGUUUGGAAUUAACCAAUAUGAGUGAUAUAAAAAGGAUUCUUAAAGAAGGAGCUAUCCAGAUAGGCUCUGGGGGAUCAGCUGGAUUUGUGGAAGUAUGCAUAAUGCAUCCCCUAGAUUUAGUUAAAACAAGGCUUCAAUUACAAUCGAAAUUCAUGAAUAAAAAUGACCCUAAAUAUUACAAAGGCAUUUUUGACUGUUUCGGAAAAAUGUACAAACAAGAAGGAAUGUUUUCUUUUUGGAAAGGUAUAAUACCUCCCAUUAUAGCCGAAACUCCCAAAAGAGCAGUUAAAUUUUUCACUUUCGAACAAUAUAAACAAUUUGUUAUGUUUGGCUCUCCCACUCCUACGCCACUGACAUUUUCAUUGGCAGGAUUUGGAGCAGGAGUGACCGAAGCUAUAUUAGUCAAUCCAUUUGAGGUCGUAAAAGUAACGCUGCAAGCCAACAAAUCCAAGUCAUCUGAAAUGCCCAGCACUUGGGCUAUGACUAGAAAAAUAGUAAAUGAAAACGGUUUCGGCUUGAGAGGCUUGAAUAAAGGUGUAACUGCUACAGUUGCUAGGAAUUCAGUAUUCAAUAUGAUAUAUUUCGGGUUCUAUCAUUCUGUUAAAGGAUAUCUCCCAGAAUUUGAAAAUACUUAUCACGAAUUCUUUAGGAAAGUCGCCAUAGGAUUUGUCUCUGGCAGUUUGGCUUCUUGCGUUAAUAUUCCCUUUGAUGUCGCUAAAUCAAGAAUACAAGGACCACAGCCCGUUUCGGGACAAAUCAAAUACAAAUCAACAAUUCAAUCAAUUACUAUUGUUUACAAAGAAGAAGGAUUAACAGCUCUCUACAAGGGUCUCCUUCCCAAAGUUCUCCGAUUAGGACCUGGAGGUGCUAUAAUGCUGGUUGUUUAUGAUUAUUCACACAAAUAUUUAACUGAAGUGUUUGCAUAAUACACCUCGAAUUAGACGACUUAAGGGUUAAACUAUACAAAAAUUAAGGGCAAACUAGAUAUUGUUAUAGUGCUUCGUUUCAGCAGUUGAUUAUCUCGAAUAUAUUGUCCCUAAUUUUUUAUAGUUGAAUCUCUUUAUUAUUGGAGUUUAUAUAUUUUUUUAUUAAAUAGAUAAUAGCGUGUAGAUGAAAUUCAUGCUCUAUACAUGAGGAAAUAUGCUUGUUGAUGUUUUUAAAUAUUUUGAAUAAAUUUUUAAAAUAUAUCAAUAAAAAACUUAUAGAAUUCGUUGAAAUAUUUUUGAAAAUUUUAAUUAAAUUGUUG